AUGGCUGCCGCCAACAACAUGUACAACCUCACCACGCUCAUCAAGAGACUCGAAGCUGCGACGUCUCGGCUCGAAGACAUUGCCACCUCUACAGAUCUUGCCAAGGAUGGCACCAGCCCUCGCCAGGCCGCUCAACCUCCUCCGACAGCAACUUCCUUGGCCCCUCCGACGCCUGCGCAGGCCCUUACUCCGAAGCCAACCCCCAAAGCUGCGCAAGAAGAACCCAUCCCGGAAGCUCUAGAUGACUUUGACCAACUCAUCAGCUCUUCCGUUCAGAACUAUGUCACGCUCAGCAACGGCCUGGGGGGUGGCGUAGUUGCCAAGCAGGCCAAUGAAGUCCUGAAAGGCUUUCUAGAGCAGAGACGGUUCUUGCUGCUCACAACAAAGGCUGCCAAGCCCGAUCCGUCGGCUUUGAUGAGCAUACUGAAGCCCAUCUACGAUGUCGUGGCGGCCGUUACGGAGCUGAAGGAUGCAAACCGGCCGGAUCCAAUGUAUUCCCAACUCAGCGCGGUUGCAGAUGGCAUCAUGGCCUUGGCGUGGAUUGCCCUGGACAGCCGUCCGUACAAGCAUGUCGAAGAAUCCUUCAGCUCGGCCCAGUUCUUCGGGAACCGGGUGCUCAAAGAACAGAAGGACAAGGAUCCCAAGCAAGUCGAAUGGGUCCAGGCAUUCUACCAAGUCCUCCGCGACUUGGCCGGCUAUAUCAAGCAACAUUUCCCAUCGGGCAUCCCUUGGAACGCACGAGGCGAGCCGGCCCAAAUCGUGGCCAAGUCACUGUCGCAACAGCCCUUGCAAAGUGGCUUGCCACCAGCAGCACCAGCAGCACCAGCAGCACCAGCAGCACCAGCAGCAGCACCAGCAGCACCAGCAGCAGCACCAGCAGGACGCGGCGGCUCAGCGCCUCCCCCUCCACCCCCGCCUCCUCCCGGACCAGCCCCCAUGCUGGAUAUCAAGACGGAAAACAAGACGGACGGAGGGCCUGCGACUUUGGGAGGAGGAGGAUUUGGUGCCGUAUUCUCGGAACUUAACAAGGGCUCGGAUAUCACGAGCGGUCUUCGCAAAGUUGACGGAAUGGAGAUGACGCAUAAAAACCCAUCCUUGAGGACGCGGAGUCGAGUUGGAGACCGACAAGUCUCGUCACGGGGCAAAAGUCCGGCUCCAGGCAAGAAGCCGAAGCCAGAGAAUAUGCGUGUCAAAAAGCCAGCCAAGAGAGAACUCGACGGCAACAAGUGGACUAUCGAAAACUACGAAAAAGAGGCCGAGCCUGUUGAGAUCCAAACGACCCUCGUUCAGUCGGUGCUGAUUAGUAGAUGCAACAACACUACCGUCAUCCUCAAAGGCAAGGCCAAUCAAGUGACGGUUGAAAAUUCAAGCCGUCUCUCUCUAGUUGUCGACACCUUGGUUUCUACGGUGGACGUGAUCAAGGCCCAGAACUUUGCAUUGCAGGUUACCGGGACGCUUCCAACCGUUAUGCUGGAUCAGGUUGACGGCGGGCAGAUUUACUUUAGCAAAGAGAGCAUUGCCACCAAGGUCUUCAGCAGUAAGUCUUCGGGCAUCAAUUUGAAUAUCCUCACUGGACCGGAUGACGACUACAAGGAGGUGCCGCUUCCCUCGCAAAUCUGCUCUUAUUACGAUGAAACCAAGGACGAGCUUGUAAAUGAGAUUGUUGCCCACGCGGGUUGA